AUGGCCACAUCCCGGUACAGCUCUGCUGCGGAGAACUGCAUUUUCAAGGGAAGCAUGGACAGAUACGCAUCCUUGGAAGGUCAGAAGCGCGAGAGUCCAGCUGCAGAGCGCAACAAGCAGCCAAUCCUUGAAGUAAUGCUCGAGUACCUGCCCCGCGGCGCCCCCGACACUGCAGCCCGCUCCCGCCGGCCCUUUUUACUGGAGAUCGCAAGCGGCUCUGGUCAGCAUGCAGCCCACCUGGCGGCGGCGCUGCCCGAGUACGACAUUCAGCCCUCUGACGUAACAUCGGAGCUGUUCGGCAGCAUCGUCGCUUACGCCGCCGGCUUGCCCAAUGUACGACUGCCGCCGCUGCUGCUGAACGCGGCGGCGGCGGACGAAUGGCCGCAGGCGGCAGCUGCCGCCGCCGCCGCCGCCGCCGCUGCCGCUGCCCCUGAAGCCGCAAUUGUCGGGCCAGCGCCGGCAGCGGACUCUGACGCGGCCGCCGCCGGCUCAUCUUUCACACCCUCUUGCUCGUCCUCUCCGUCGAGCUGUACGGCAGUAGAUGUCAUCCUAGUCAUCAACAUGUGCCACAUAUCGCCGGUGGCGGCCACGCGCGGCUUGCUGCGAGGGGCAGGUACGGCACUACGUUCCGGCGGUAGCGGGCUGUUGUUCGUGUACGGCCCCUUCACUGUGCAGGGAGGCCGCCACACCUCCGACAGCAACGCCGCGUUCGACACCUCUUUGCGGUCCCGAAACCCCGAGUGGGUUACCGGGAUGAGCUAG